UAUCCACAAAGAGCACCACGUGGCGUUUCCUCAAUUCUGUUACCAUCGUCAACCUCAGUCUCCUCUCUCCAACUUCUUCCACCUCCAUUUUCCAUUCUAGCACAGCUCUCGUCGACAUGAACACGCCGCCACGUAACUGUUUUCCCAACUAAGUUCAACGACCGCGUCGCAGAAAAUGACCCUUUCCCUUUCACCUCCUCUCUCUGUGCCCAGCCCUUCACCUUUCUCUCCCGCGCUCCUCAACCCAACCGCCACCCUCCGCCAACUAUUAUUCGCAACUUCCCCCAAACGCCUUUUCCAGUUCCAAUCACGCGCCACCAAGUUCAAGGAGCUCAUCCCCAUAAAUCCCUCCUUGACGGUGGAGAAGGGAAAGUACAGCUACGAUGUGGAAACCCUAAUCAACCGCCUCACCGCGCUGCCGCCUCGUGGGAGCAUUGCGCGGUGCCUCGACCCCUUCAAAAACAAGCUCUCCCUCAACGACUUCGCCCUCGUGUUCAAGGAAUUCGCGCAGCGCGGCGAUUGGCAACGCUCGCUGCGUCUCUUCAAGUACAUGCAGCGCCAGUUGUGGUGUAAGCCCAACGAGCACAUAUACACCAUCAUGAUAACGCUCUUGGGCCGCGAAAGCUUGCUAGACAAGUGUCGUGAGGUGUUCGACGAAAUGCCAAGCAAUGGCGUCGCUCGCACCGUCUACGCUUACACCGCCAUCAUCAACGCCUAUGGCCGUAACGGCCAGUUCCAGGCCUCGCUCGAACUCCUCGAUGCAAUGAAGCAGGAGAGGGUUUCGCCGAGUAUUUUAACUUACAACACUGUGAUUAAUGCUUGUGCUAGGGGUGGGCUGGAUUGGGAGGGGUUGUUAGGAUUGUUUGCUGAAAUGAGACAUGAAGGGAUUCAACCUGAUGUUAUCACUUAUAAUACUUUGCUUUGUGCUUGUGCUAAUAGAGGGUUGGGUGAUGAGGCUGAAAUGGUGUUUAGGACCAUGAAUGAAAGUGGAAUAGUUCCAGAUAUUAAUACUUAUAGUUAUCUUGUUCAGACGUUUGGGAAGUUGAAUAGGUUAGAGAAGGUUUCGGAUCUUCUCAGGGAGAUGGAAUCUGGGGGUAAUUUGCCGGAUAUUACUUCUUAUAAUGUGUUAUUACAGGCUUAUGCUGAAUUAGGAUCUAUCAAAGAGGCGAUGGGCGUGUUUAGGCAGAUGCAGGCUGCAGGGUGUGUGCCGAAUGCGGCCACGUAUAGUAUAUUAUUGAAUUUGUAUGGGAAGCAUGGGAGGUAUGAUGAUGUCCGUGAACUUUUUCUUGAGAUGAAAGUAAGUAACACGGAUCCUGAUGUGGGUACCUAUAAUAUUCUCAUACAGGUCUUUGGGGAGGGAGGGUACUUCAAGGAGGUGGUCACUUUAUUUCAUGACAUGGUGGAGGAAAAUAUUGAGCCCAACAUGGAGACUUACGAGGGCUUGAUAUUUGCUUGUGGGAAGGGUGGACUUUAUGAAGAUGCCAAGAAAAUUUUACUUCAUAUGAAUGAGAAAGGAAUAGUGCCGACUUCCAAGGCUUACACUGGGGUGAUUGAAGCAUUUGGGCAGGCUGCACUGUAUGAAGAGGCUCUUGUUGCAUUUAACACUAUGAAAGAAGUUGGAAGCAACCCAAACCUUGAGACCUAUAAUUCGUUUGUUCAUGCAUAUGCAAGGGGGGGAUUGUACAAAGAAGCGGAAGCAGUUUUAUCCUGGUUGAACGAAUCAGGUUUAAAACGGGAUGCGCAUUCAUUCAACGGCCUGAUUGAAGCUUUUAGGCAAGCAGGUCAGUAUGAAGAGGCUGUAAAAGCUCAUGUUGAAAUGGAAAAAGCAAAUUGUGAACCUAAUGAGCUGACACUUGAAGCUGUGUUAAGUGUAUACUGCACUGCUGGGCUUGUUGACGAGAGUGAGGAGCAGUUCCAAGAAAUCAAAGCUUCAGGAUUACUGCCCAGUGUCAUGUGCUACUGCAUGAUGCUAGCUCUUUAUGCAAAGAAUGACAGAUUAAAUGAUGCCUAUAAUUUAAUUGAUGAGAUGAUCAAAAUAAGGGCGUCGGAUAUUCAUCAAGUAAUUGGACAGAUGAUCAAGGGAGAUUUUGACGACGAGUCUAAUUGGCAGAUUGUGGAAUACGUCUUUGACAAGCUCAGUUCCGAAGGAUGUGGGUUGGGGGUGAGGUUCUACAAUGCACUGUUAGAAGCUCUUUGGUGGAUGUUCCAGCGAGAAAGGGCUGCUAGAGUGCUCGAUGAAGCAUCAAAGCGAGGGCUGUUCCCUGAACUUUUUCGUAAAAGUAAACUUGUAUGGUCUGUGGACGUACACAGAAUGUCAGAAGGUGCUGCAUUAACAGCACUAUCAGUUUGGCUGAACAAUAUACAGGAAAUGUUCUUGAAUAGCGAGCAUCUUCCUGUGAUUGCAACUGUUGUUGUUGUUCGGGGUGAGAUGGAGAAAACCACAGAUGCCCAAGAUUUCCCUAUCGCAAAGGCUGCCAUGUCAUUCUUGCAGGAUAAUAUCCCAUCAUCAUCCUUUACUUUCCCUGAAUGGAACAAAGGUCGCAUUGUUUGUCAGCAGUCACAACUAAGACAAAUUCUGACUGGCACUGAAUCGUCUUCUAGUAAGAAAAAAAUGGAUAAAUUAAUAUCUUUGAGUAAUACCCCAUUGACUACUGCUGGUGCUAUAGCAUCCAAACCUGAUGGUAAAGCUAACGAUGUUGAUUCUAGAACCGAUAGUACGAGAACUGAGCUUCUAACCAGUGCAGUUUAAAUUAGAGAAUACAGAAUUUCAAUUCAUCACAUUCCCAUGCCCUGUUUUGGUCGAUUGAAAUUAAGAUAGUUUGGGGCACGUAUUUGUUUCACUUGCACUAUAUAUUCCCAAGUGGUCGGCUUUCAGGUCCCCAAAAUUUUGGUAUAUAUAUAUAUAUAUUCUCCAGGUAUUCAUCUCA